ACUCCGGACCACCGGGUCGCAGCUGGAUCGCGCCGGAUCGUUUCCGUACCCUCCGCGGAGGAGAUCCGCUUCGACCGGAUAUCGACGGACGUGUUUACGCGACGCCGCUCGCGAUUCCUCGAUAGUGGAUCGAGAACAUCGCGUACACCGCGUACCGUCUCUGACGACCGUUCCUGCGCGGUUCCCACGGAGGUCCACGAUCCUCGGACAAGAUAACGGGUACAUCGGCCGAUUCAUCUUGCGAACGAUUUCCUUCUAUUUUCCCCUUCGCGAACAUUUCUUUUGUACUCGGUCGACGGAUACGGAUACGUUCAUUAUCGGAGAUGAUUUUUGGGAUUCGCGUUCGGAAGAUCGGUUAGGCGGGAGACGAUCGAUUUAUCGAUCGAAAUCGGGUUCGCUGUUUCUACGGUAAAUCCCUCCGCGAUCGACGCGAGUGAGCCUGGCCUGUCGGUUGGUACGCUUGUUAUGGUGUAUAACUUGUUGCUCGGCCUCGCACUGAGGCCAGGAUCGUCGCUGCCAUUCCAAAUCGCUGGCAACGUUGGCAUAGGAUGCUGUUCAUCGAUUGCUCGUGUUGAUUCUCUGCUUUCUGGUUUGCUCUCCGAGGAUUUUCGCGUGGAUUGUCGUUGAAGGGAUAUCGUGGAGGAUGCCGUGGAAAAGAAUCCGGAAUUAGGACGCGGGAUACGUCAUCCUGUCGGCUAGAGGGUCUCGUUACUCACGAUUUAGGAAACCUGGAAGCAAACACGCCCGUCGCACCCUCAUAUUUGCGGCCAGGAUUAUCCUGUUUGUUUCUGGAUCCCCGAGUUCCCACGAAGAUCGACGCCCCGACACUCGAAUAAUGAAAACGAUCCCUGAAGCGUCAGACGAUGCCCGGAAACAUCAGUCUCGUGGACAGUUUCCACUGCGGCGGGGGUGGGGGCAGUUCGUUGAAUCGACGUUGAUGAUUCUCACCUGAAGGGAGGUUCUGGAUGCCUCGAUAAAUUAAUUAAAAUCAGACGAUCCGAACAAGAUGAGCAGAAUGAAUUCAAAGAAACAAUGUACGACUACGCGGAAGAGAUAACAUUGUGCUUGAAAACUGAAUUUCACAGAACCGUUCAAGGAAUCUUCUUCGUCUUCGUCGUCGAAGCUUUUCGCGCUGACGAUCCAAUUACUCGGGAAUGUUCAUUAAAACUGCUGAGCGGACGAAUAAUGUAUCGGUGAGAUUGAAAAUCAGUGCACUGCGAUAGCAAUGAUUUAUCCGCACUCGAAUAACCAAGCCUAUCUAUCGAACCCGGAGCGAAGGGUUGACGAACCCUCCGAAAGAGAUCGAUGUCCCUCCGGUUCUUGGGGGUCCGUGCACGGCUCGUUUGAUUGUUCCGUUCGCGUGUGUCGAGAAGACAUGGGGUCCACGGAGGAUCGUGAAAGAUCUCGAAGAUGGGAGCAAAUUGGAAAGUCCUGAGGGCACGGAUCGACAAUCUUUACGAUCGUCCCGCCUCCGACUCCCAUUGUCCGCGCGGAGAACCGUAGAAGCCACGGCAGUUCCGCGAGCCGAACAGCGAAAUUACUCUUCCGACAAAGAAGUUCCUCUGUAUUCCGAUGAUUCGGCGGCGACGAUCGUUCCGCGACGGACGUUCGACGUCUCUUCGCCAAACGAAACGUGUCUGCGUUACGGGACGAGGCUGAUUCGUCGAUUCUAGGUGAGACGGCAAGAUCGACAGCCGGUUACUUCGAGAGGACUUCCCUUUAAGAGCAGGGGCGCGAAAUGGGAGUGGCCGAGGGUCGCCGUGGGCAAGUGAGAAGGUCGGCAGACGCCGCUGAAGCGAAACUUUCGACGGACAGUCAUUAAACUCUGUCCGCGAGUGGCCGGGCCAGCCAAGGUCGGCUCGCGCAGGAGAUUCAUAUCGGAGCUGCUUCUGACGGCGGACCAUGGUACAUUAUUUAAGAUGAUAACCAGCGGACAUUGAGGACUUAGCCAGGACAGAGAUCCACGUAUAUAUCCCGGACACGUCAUGGAGGAGCACGUCAGCCAGCCAGCUGGAAACUCGUCCGCGGACGGUUUCGUGUUCACCGAUGCCUCAAUCAUCCUCAGGGCUUUGGUGCUCGGUCUCCUGAUACUCGUCACUAUUGUCGGUAACCUGUUCGUUAUAGCGGCGAUUUUGCUCGAGCGGAAUUUACAAUCGGUGGCGAAUUAUUUAAUCGUCAGCUUGGCCGUUGCCGAUCUGAUGGUCGCCUGCCUCGUCAUGCCUUUCGGAGCCGUUUAUGAGAUAAACUCCCGAUGGUCGCUCGGACCCGAGCUUUGCGACAUGUGGACCAGCAGUGACGUUCUCUGCUGCACUGCCUCGAUAUUGCAUCUGGUGGCUAUCGCGGUCGACAGAUAUUGGGCAGUCACCGAUCUCAAUUAUAUACAGGCGAGGAAUCCGAGGCGGAUCGGUAUCCUGAUUAUCACCGUCUGGGUGGUGUCCUUAGGAAUCUCGCUGGCUCCCCAGCUAGGCUGGAAAGAUCCUGGUUAUUUGAACCGUAUAUCGGAUGGGACAUGUCUGGUGUCGCAGGAUCCCGCAUACCAGAUCUUCGCCACUUGCGCCACUUUCUACGUUCCCCUGCUCGUCAUUCUAUUCCUGUACUGGAGGAUAUUCCAAGCGGCACGAAAGCGAAUCCGAAAGAGACCGGGUACCAUCGUGCAGCCGCCCCGCGAGAGAAGAGGCAUCCUCAGACUCGUCACGAGAAGGCCAAGAGAGGAGUCGACAGCGUUCACCAUAACAAGAUCGACGCCGGACCACUCGUCGAUCUCGCCGGAGAAAUCUUCGUCCAACAACGGCGCGAACGCGACGCAAUCCGCGACGGUGACGCCGUCGACGGUAUCCACGACGACGACGACCACAACGACCACGGUGACGAACCCGUCGACCAGCCACUCGACGUCCAGCAGAAGGACACGCGAGACGAUGGAGUCGAAACGCGAGAGGAAAGCCGCGAAGACGCUCGCGAUAAUAACCGGCGCGUUCGUCGCCUGUUGGCUGCCUUUCUUCUUGGUCACGUUGCUGCGAGCGACGUGCCAGGCCUGCGAGCCGCCCGAGCUCAUAGCCAGCGUGUUUCUAUGGCUGGGAUACUUCAACAGCACCCUGAACCCCGUCAUCUACACGGUGUUCUCGCCGGAAUUCAGACAGGCGUUCAAGAGGAUGCUGUGCGGCAGUUCCAGGAUAAUUCGCUGACAGUGGAUUUAAGGACUGUGAGAGAGCGUAUGCAUGGACGCGAGUAUGUGUGCGAGGACGAGAGAGUGUUAGACGAUGAGCGAGUCCUGUGUAUAUACAGUUACACUACUUCCUUCUCCUUCGGAUAGCGUUCAACUACCGUGUCACGUACUUAGGCAUGCCUUAGAGAGUCCGUAGACAUUUUUCCUUGAAAGUUGCCGACGAGGCGACAGGGUUCGCGGCGACCUCGCGAUGGAAACCUAAACUGAGAGCCUCUUGCACGACAAAAUGUCAAUUCACGAUGACGGUUAAUUUAUUUUGCGAUUGUACGAGGUGCGUAGAAUAUACGAAUUGUGAUUCAUUAAUGUAAUCGGUUGAACAUUCCAACGUUAGACGAUCUGGGUUUGGUUCGAUGAGAUUGCGAGUUUCUAUUUUAUCGCGGAAGAGACUCUACGGAGGUUUAUAUAUAACCGAGUUACCGUUUACGCGGGAUUUCUGCUUAACGGGACUCGUCGAGCUCGUUGUGAACCAAUUUUUCAAUGCUCGACACCUCGACGGCUAUUCAACGCCUCGAGGCGACUGUUUCUAUGAUAGAACUACCCUAUGAAAGUUCUCUUUGAGAUAGAUGCAUUCUCUGAUACGUCUAUGAUAAUAUUAACCACUGGAUGUAUUGGCGAGUAAUCUACGUUGUUCCGUGAGAUCGUUUUGAUAUUGUUAUCGAGGAAAAGAAGAAGACUGCGUUGAUAUUUGAGAGAACACUCGCGAGAUUUGUAUUUCCUUAGGGAGCUUUUCAGUUGAUUAGAUGAUAAUCGAACGUUUGUAAAUUGAAUUGUAAGUAGACUGCGAAUAUUCAGAAGAGAUCCCGUUUAUAUUGCAGUUUGUAUUCUAUUGAUUUUUACUUACAAUUAACCGUCGCAGUCUAGUUAUAACGAACACGUGAGAAACAUUGUAAAUUUCAUGUACUUUAAUUUAAUAAAGACUAUUGCGGAUUACUCGUUAGUACACGAACACGUUCAGUUGAAACUCGAAUUCAGACGCAGGCUGUACCGAGCGGAAAUGAUCGGUCUCGCGACUGCUUCACCCUCUCGUGACACGAUCCACAUGUAUCCACACGCGGAAUUACGUACAGACGCGUAACCACACAUUCAUUUCCUCCGUUGAUGUUCGCGAGACGAUCGAGAGUUCGAUGAUUAAUAAUAGAAAUUAGACGUCAGCGAGGAUAACGUCGAUCCUUCUUCGUCGAAAGUAGCGCUCAUCGAUUUCACGCGGGUCUUGGCGACGUUUUGCUCCCCUAGUCAAGAGGACAGCCAUUUCAUUGUAAAUAAUCUAUCAUUCAGGUAGUAAGAACUGCCGAAGUUCGCGAGAGCUCGCGUGCAUGGGCGUCGUUAUCAAAUUCUGUAUCGAUUCGACGGAACAAACGACGAGAAUGCGCUUCGAUUCGACUUGUCCUCGGAGAGUCCACGUUUCGAUGCACUGAAAACAAUCGGAGCAAACAUUUUCCAUCGCGCUCGAGUCUGAUAAUCGUGUAUUUUAUCUGUCGGAACGCCCAUACUCAAUUAAAGAAGAAUCAAAUUGAAUUUCAAGUGAUUUAUUCAUAAAUAUGAUUAAACUUGCGUUACGCGAGGUACCAUUUAUUUAAUUUAUUCGUUCAAUGGGCAUGGAAGUGCUCUCUUUUCCGUUUAAACGAAAUAAUUACGGAUGAAUGGUAGGUUCUCUCUGAUUAAGAGAUUAAUAUUUAUCAAAAGAGACGUGGAACGUGAAUUCUUCGGGCAGCAACGGUUUGCAUUUUUCGAGAGAUCGACGAAUAGUUGCCCGGUUCCUCUUUAAUCCACGGAAUUCGAUAGUUAACACUACAAGGUUGUACGAUAGAGAGGAAACGUUCCUUUCAUCGCGCGGUCGAAGUCGCUCGGCGGGACAAAGCGUUGCCAAAACGUCGCGCGUCGCAGCGAGUAGAAAAGUCAGGCCCAUCGACGUCGUUUGUAAAUUAACCAGAUGAUUGUGUAUCGACGAUCGUCCGAUAACGCCUUACUAUAUACGACAUACAUCCUGUACUACCCGAAUAGUCACGCGAGUUUCGCCGUUUUACCAGCUAAACCAUCUUCGACGACGCAGCGAAAACGGAGUUGAAGAGAAUCAAAUAAACUAAACCGAAAGAAAAAGCGAAAAAAAAGGAUAAGCCAGAGACGCGAUAAAAGUAAAUACUAAAUGACAGUAGCACGACGGUUACCCGUUGCCCAGCGAUUCACUUAGUUUAAGGCUGUGCCCCGAUUUUCGAUGAUGCAAUAUUUAAAAAGGGAGAAAG